AUGAUAAGCAGUCUUCUAUCUUGGUUUGACACCCAGAAGCAGGUUGAUACGGAGCUAAUCGCCCAGAAAAAUGCUCAGAAAAGUGCUCUAAACCAGAUAUGUGAUCAAUCUCUUGAUAGUCUCUUCCAAACCGGCAUUGCUGCCUGGAGUAAGUAUCUAAAUGAGCUCUUUUAUUAUCGGGCACAGAGCAACCCGCCUCGUGCGGAUGCUAAAGAUGAUUCUCAUAUCUAUACAGACAGUUUUUAUUCAGCAAUCAACACAAUCGCUCUCCUGGAUAGUCUCCUUGAAGCCAAAAACAUUAUCACUCAGAUGCCAGAUAAGCACCUCACUCUUGAUGACUUACAAUACAUGGCGCAGCAAUACGCCGAAUCGUAUAUCUUCUUUUCUAUUAUUUGGACUGAUGAGCUCAUUAGCUGCAUUAACCUGCAGGAAAAGCAAAUGUCGUUUGUUCAGGACUACUCAUUAAUUGCUAACUGUAUUAAGACCAUGAGUCCCGAGAUACAGAAGUGGCUAACUACUCCCACACCUGUUUGCCCGACCACAAAGAACACCCACUUAUACCCCGCAUGUUAUGCCGCGGCUUCCAUUAGGACAAAGCUCUCCAAGCCAACAGACAAGAAUGCCCAGUACCUGAACAAAUUGUUGCUUCAUCCCCGCAUGCGCAGUAUUAUUGUACGAUUCCUUUAUGGCAUUCAGACGAAUCCUUUAGCUGGCCCAAAAUGUGCAGCCCACCAAGAGAUGCUUCUUACCCGGUUCCCAUACAAUCAAAUACCACUCAUCUCUACGGCCAAUCCAACGCAGGGCACAGACAUGUCCGAUUCAGACGAGAUUGUGUAUUCCACCGUGCUUCACGGCCAACUGUACCCAGACAACGAAGCAGAAAAUAACAACGCCGCCCAAUCGGUUGUUGACCACCAACGCGAUCCUUCCCAGGAACAGGCUAUACCAGAUAUCAAAGUGACCAAACCUGAAGAACCUACUCAAGACUCGUCUAAAUCUGAAGAAGCUAGUCCGGCUAAUCCCGAGAAAGAGAAGCCUAAGAAGAAGGAAAAGCGAGGUCUAUUCGGCAAACUAUUCAGCCGGCACGGCAACGACAAAAAAGAGAAGCCAGGCACAGAGCCCAAAUCAAGACCUGCCACUCCCCAACCAGAACCAAGCCGUUAUGCUGAUGCUGCCAUCAGCUCCUCUUAUUCCUCCCACGAUACCCCUGGAUCCUUAAACCCUGAUAGUCGCUGUGCUACGCCCAAUCAUGACACUAUGAAUAAGUCUACAACUGAUGAUACAGAUGCUAGUGGUAUUCCUACAAAGAGAAGAGCAUAUGAAGACAAUACGGCUAAUGACGCCGGUCACAGUCAGGCUUCAUUAGCUAAGCCAGUUGCUUCGCCCAGACACGACGCUCCUAUCGCUCGCGAGCAAGUAUAUGCCUUCCCUGCCCACUACGAUCCACGGCUCCUUUCCUAUGACGCUGAGACUCUAUAUCAGGCGCCCGCAAUGCCUAAGAUUCAACGCAGAGCCAUGACCCCUGAUAGCCUGGAGCGCUUUAGCUCUCGGCCAGCCACUCCCGGCUCCGACACGACCGUCAUUGAGCGACCGAUCCGACGCAGUUUCUCACCAGCACGUUCUUCUGGCCAGACAACCCAACCUAUUCCCCUACCGCGUAACCCUGAAGCACUUCCGAAAGGCCUCCUCGCCCAAGAGAUAGCCCUUGAGGACGCCGGCUUUGACCCAUGGUCCCCUCAAAUACUUGGUGAGCAUCCAGAGUUCGAUUCCGUUCCGGUUGUUAAAGAAACAGAUUCUCAAUACUUCAGAACCCCCACUACUAACCCAAUAGCCCAGACGCCUGAACCUGUUCGUUCUAUGGCCAGCCCACCAACUGAUUGUUUCGAUCAUUUGGACGACGACCGCUUCUCUGAUAGGCCCGGCAAGUAUUACCCCCACGAGGAGCUAAAUUCUCACCAACCCUUCGAAGAUGAUUUGUUCGUUGAUUCCAAUUUCAAUGCUGACUUCUACCAGAUUUCCGGCCAGCCAUCUCAAAGAUAUGCUAGUCCUUCUGCCGUAUAA